CCUAUGCUGAUACGUAGUCGCAAGCAAUUAGUAGCUUCAAGCGCACUGGCUUCAAGCGCUUUAAGGCUUCAAGCUGAAGAGUGAAACAAGCGGUGUUCAGAAGAACCUGUUGAAAUUUAAAAAAAUGGCAUACAUGAUGGAUAAUUUGGUUCAACCUAACGUAGGUUUAGUUGACAACAAUUUAGUUCCGGAUUGGAUUUCUUCGGAACAAAGUACAGGAACGUCAAUCAUGGCGUGUGAAUUCGAUGGGGGAGUAGUGAUUGGAGCAGAUUCUAGAGCAACCACAGGGGCAUAUAUCUCCAACCGUUUCGCCGAUAAGCUGACCAAAGUUACAGAUUACAUCUACUGUUGUCGCUCUGGCUCUGCAGCAGAUACUCAAGCUAUUACUGAUAUAGUUUCAUACCAUUUGAGUUUACAUAAGGUGGAAUUAGGGAUGGAACCCUUAGUUGAAACAGCAGCGAAUGUUUUCCGUGAAUUAUGUUACAACUACAGAGAUUCUUUAAUGGCAGGAAUUUUGGUGGCAGGGUGGGACAGUCGUAAAGGUGGACAAGUUUAUAGUAUUCCACUAGGUGGUAUGUGCGUACGACAACCAAUUUCCAUUGGAGGCUCUGGUUCAACUUAUGUUUACGGUUACAUGGAUUCCCAGUAUAAACCAAAUAUGACCAAGGAUGAAUGUCUCAAAUUAGUUGAAUCCACACUGGCCUUAGCAAUGUCUCGUGAUGGUAGCAGCGGUGGUGUUAUCCGAACUGGAGUUAUUACAGAGAAAGGAGUGGAGAGGAACGUUAUAUUAGGCAAUGAUUUGCCACGCUUCUAUGAAGGGUAAAAACUAGAAUCGAAGGGAAUUAUUCUGUAUUUUUUAAAAUCUUGUAUCAAUUACAUUUUGUUUCUUAAUUAAAUUAAAAAAUAUAUGCUGAAA